AUGGCAGAGCAACGUGCUACGAUUCCAGGACGAGUGUUUGCUGUGAUGAAAGAAGAGGCUAGAGCAUCUUCAAACCUAAUCAAAAGUAUUAUUUCUAUCUAUGGUAAUAGAAUUGAAGCUUUAUUUGAUUCAAGAGCUACACAUUCAUUCAUUUCAAAAGAAUGUGUGGAUAGAUUAAAGUUAGAACUGAAAGAGUUGCCUAUAAUAAUUAAAGUGACUACGCCUUCUGGACUCUCAAGUAAUACUAGCAGAGCAUGUCAGAGAGUUGAGAUUGUAUUUGAGGAUCGAGUAUCUGUGAUCGAUCUGAUUUGCAUUUUCAUAAAAGGGAUUGAUGUAAUAGUUGGCACUGAUUGGCUUACAGCUAAUAAUGCUACGCUAAACUAUGCCAGGAAGUUAGUGUCUUUGCCGAUGUCAUUGACAAGGACUACUUCUACUGAGCAACUUAGGUUCCUAUCAGUUGUGCAAGCUAAGAAGCUAAUCAACCAAGGGUACAAUGCCUACAUAGUAGUUUGUACUGCCAGCAGUGUGUAUGACAAUGGUAUUUAG